AUGCACUCCCCGACAUUUAAUGGAUUGACGCUUCAUGAAAACAGACGCUAUGGUCGCCAGAUGAUUAUGGACAACUUUGGGCUGCCAUCUCAACUCAAGCUAAAGUCCGCCUCUGUGCUCGUAGUAGGAUCUGGUGGUUUGGGAUGUCCUGCACUUCAGUAUCUAUCUGCCGCUGGCAUUGGCCAUAUUGGCAUCGUGGAUCAUGACGAAGUGGAGCUUUCGAAUCUCCAGCGGCAAAUCCUGCACUCAGAUAACAAAAUUGGAUGGAACAAAGCUCAUUCUGCAGGGGAUGCAGUGCGAUCAAUCAAUCCGAAUAUCGAGGUGUCCGUUUACCCAAUCUCAAUCACACCAUCUAACCUGGAAUCUAUCCUAUACUCACACGAUGGUGCCGCGGCUAGGUCCUCAGGAAGUCUUUAUGAUGUGGUCUUGGACUGCACCGACAAUUCGCCCACUCGUUAUCUUCUCGCUGAUGCCACCUCAAAGUUCCGUAUACCACUUGUCAGCGGGGCCGCCCUACGAUAUGAUGGACAGUUAGCUGUCUUUAAUUUCGGAAAACAGGGUCCUUGUUACCGAUGUGUCUUCCCGAAACCACCUAAGCCGGAGACUCUGGGGACAUGUGAAGAAGAAGGGGUGUUAGGAAGUGUUACUGGUGUGAUUGGAACUCUACAGGCUUUGGAAGCCAUCAAGAUACUAGCCGGUCUUAUUGAUGAGGACACCUAUGUGCCAACUUUAACACUCUUUUCCGCGUUGUCUCCCGUUUCCCCUUUUCGCACCAUCAAACUUCGGGGAAGAAGGCCUUCCUGUGCUGCGUGCGGAGUAGAAUCUUCAGUGGACUUUGAUGCGGUAGAUUAUGUUGCUCUUUGUGAUGGGGUGAAGCUGCUGGGAGAAUUCGUUGAUGUAAAUAGCGACAGGAUUCAGCCCGAGAUCCUUAGGAAGUGUAUGAAUGGUCCAAAUGAUUUUGUAAUUAUUGAUACUCGACCACCCACGGAAUUUGGUAUCUGCUCAAUUCCAGGUUCGAAGAAUGUGCCACUUAAAGAACUACUUGAAAAUCCUGCUCAUACGCUCAAUCUCAAUUUGUCAACCCCCCGUGGUUCAAGCGCUCAAGAGGGAGCCUGCAGUGCGAAGCGCCAUAUCAUUUGUGUUUGUAGAAGGGGCAAUGAUUCACAGAAGGCGGCACGGGCGAUUAAAUCUGUUGCCGAAGAAUACGCCAUGGAUGUUCAAGUGACGGAUCUUGUGGGAGGCUUGGUAAAGUGGGCUCAGGACACUGACCCACUGUUUCCUAUAUAUUAG